AUGCGGAUCAAUCUAGGCACGGUCGCCGAGCGCAUGCGCGAAUUGCGGCUCAAUGCACGCACCACACGACUCCCCGAAAAAUUCAUGCGCAAGUUUGUGGAGCGCAUCGAGCGGAUUGCCAUGGGGCGCGACGCCCAGUACAGUAUGCCGCUUUUCCGCCAGACGAUCGGUGCAUUUUACGGCACGCUCGUGGAGGCGACGACGCUGCGCAAGCUAAAAGAAAGCCGCAAUAUGGACGAACUUGUGCAGCUUUUUCUUUCCUCCGCACAGACGUCGCUCCGGAAGCGCAUUUCCGACGAAAAAGCGUGGAAGGAAGAGUGCCAUGCAGAGACGGGGCUAUUUGUCGGUGUUGUGCGUGAAUCACUGCGCAGCUUUGGCGCGGUGCCGCGCGAGCUGAGCGAGCGCCUGAACGAAUAUGCCCGUGUCGAGUCCCUCUCUGAGCUUGGCGAAGCACCAACGAAGCGCCUUUCCCAGGAAAUCAGUCCUGCUGCUGCAGCGUCGUGGCCCGUAAUGAAUGCGGUGGGCACCUUGUUUUCCAUGGACGUCGCACAGCUUGUCAUGGAUAUCGAGUCGAUCCAGCGAGAGUCGACGCUGGCAGCGGGCCUAUCCGAUCUCAAACGCUGCGUCUUUUGUAUCCAUACUAACCGCUCAUGGCCCGGCGCACAGGGUGACUUUUCAAGCGAGGAUACGUACAAAAAGUGGCGGUCCAACGAGCUCUCUUCACUGUCGGCCUUGAUGGUGGAGAUAUGCAAAGCGGAUCCUUCUUUGCUCAGCACACCGUCCGGCGACGCCAAUGCAAAUCGCCCGCGCAAAUCCCUUGACGCGGCUUUCCUGGAAACCGUCCGUCCGGAUUUCAUGCAGCCUCCCGAAGGCAUCGAUGAGGACGGUGCAUUUACGUACAUCCCCCCUGACCCUUUGGCAGCCUACCACUGUAUCUUUGCACGAUGCAUGGACCUUGAUCUGGAGCGAAUUCGGCAGAAAGACAAGGACGAAGAGGUGCUGCUGACCAUCUUGUCGCCCCUCCACGAGCAGCUCUUGCAGCUUGUUGCCGUCCGCUGGCGCAUUCCCCGCAUUUACCACAUCACCACGAACCUGCGCCUACUCAAAGUCAAGUUUGACUGCGGCGAGAUCCCUUUUGAGUGUAUGCACGAAGCGCUCGAAAAAGCCUUGCAGUUUUGCAGCGCCGAUGCGCUACUUUUGCGCGUUCAGGACCAGAAGCGUUUAUUGCGGUGCCUUGACUCGCUCGCCGAUUCGUGUAUGCGCAACAUAUACACUGUCUACAAAGACAUGGACGCCGCCGACAUGACUGAACUUGCGCCGAACCUUGAGCUGAUUACUACCACGCGCUCGCUCAUCUCGGUGAUUGCGCCCGACCGCCCGCACACCGGCGCAGUGGACGCGGAGAUGAGCGAAUUGCACGAGGCAGUGCGCAUUUCUGCGAUCCAAAGCUACACGGAAAAGACCACAGAGCUCUUUGCCACAGAGCCCUUGUAUCUUGUACAGACCAUGACCCUUUCCUUGCGAUGGAUCCAGCAAAAAGUACAGGCGCUGGAUGCCAAGUUUCCCCCGGCGCUCCUGUCUAUUUCUCCGACGUACCACAUUGUACAGAAACUCGUGCCACUCUACCUCGAUGACCUUGAAUCCAUACGCGAUGCGGCGCUCCAGCAAGCGAUCAUGAUGGGCGAUACUGCGAUCUACGACGCUCUUGACCUGUUCCAGUGCGUGCGCGAUUUGAUGGCCAUGUAUGAGGCGACGGAGCCUCUUGUGCCUCUGCGUUUUGACUUGUGCCGCUGGUUUGCACCGUACGUCCAGCAAUGGCUUGCACUUGCCGAGCAGCGCGCGCAAGAAUGGGUUCUGAACGCCGUGCGCGCCGAUACGUUUGCACCGAUUGAAGGCGCGGUGCACAGCACCUCGAUCAACGACCUGUUUGACGCGCUGCAGCAGCCGCUCAACUUUUUCCUCGCGCUCAAGUGGCCCAACCGCUACGGGAAUGCGUGCUUUUUGACCGAGAUUGCCAAGUGCGUGAGCCGCUUGAUUGAGCUGUACUGCCACACGGUCGAGAGUUUGUUCAUGGCCGAGAUGCUGCCUGCCAAAGAUGCCGCGGCAGUGCCGCUCUCUGGCUUUGCUGCGUUCCUCGAUAGCCAGCGUGCGAAUGAAUACCUCGGCGCAUUGCCCCCCAAACAAGCGGCAUGGCUUGCCAAAGCAAAGCAAUCGAUUGCGCCCGAGCGCGUCGUCAAGCCUUUUUUCUUCGAGCCGCAAUCGUGUGUAAAGCUGAACAAUAUCGAAGCGGCGCGCACACUUCUAGACGUGCUUUACCGCCGCAUGGACGCAGACGCACAAGCAGCCAUUCUCCAGCACGAGCGUGCUGACGACUCGGCGAUUGCUGCGCACGGCGCGCCGCAACAUCUUUUCACGGUAAAGAUUGUGCGUGCAGAGCUGCAGAGCAAGGAGGAGCUGCGCGGCUACGUAGAGAACGUCUCGCUCGAUACCUUUGUCACGCUCAGCGAUGACCGCGGAGAGCGACUCGCCAAGACGCGCACAAUCCUGUCCACUGCGUCGCCGCGCUGGGACGAGGUGCUGGAUAUUCCUGUGCCCGAAGCAUUGUGGAUCAGCGCCACCGUCUGGCAUCGUGAGGCAGAAAUGCCGCGCAUUUUAGGGCGCGCAUCGCUGCACCUCGACCCCGAUAAUUUUGCAGAGCAAACCGUGCAGGAGGCAUGGCUCGACUUGGACAGCGGCGCCGGAAAGCUCAUGGUGCGGAUCAACAAAGAGGUCAUUGUAGACGAUAUCCUGUUCCAUUUUGGCCUCGCAUUCCGCCUCCUGAAACGCGCAGAGGUCGAUAUGGUGCGUGUUCUUGUCGAUCACAUGAGCAUGUUUAUGCGGCAGUACCUGUCGCGCUCUGUAUUGCGGUCCAUGGUCCGCGCGCGGCGUGUUGAUUUGGACCGUGCGCUGGACAAUGUCAAAGCGCUUUACACCAGCGCCGUUGCACAGACCAGCUUUACCAUUCCGCCCGUGGACAAGAGCCGCGCAAAGAUGCUGAGUGACCAGGAAAUUGAGGAGGCGAUUGCCCCGCUGCUCGACUACUUUGAAGAGUCGCUCGGCACGCUGAAGAGCUCGCUGAGUGAGGAUGAGGCGCAAUUUGUGCUUACGUGUAUAUGGAAAGAGGUGCUCGUCACCUUGGAAGGCCUGCUGGUGCCUCCGCUCGCAGACUCGCCGUCCGACAUGAAGCAGCUUUCCGAGAAGGAAGUCGAUAUCGUGUUUAAAUGGCUCUCGUUUUUGCGCAACUACUUCAAUGCGUACGACCCAGCGUCGGGCGUCGCGCACGGCGUGCCAUUGGACGUGCUGCAAGGACCCAAGUACCGCGAGUUGCUAUCCUACCUCUUGCUCCACGACCAAUCUACCGACCAGCUCAUGAUUGAGUGCGUGCGCAGCUUCCAGGCACAUCUUGCCACCGACGCUCUUGCGCAUCGGCGCACACGCAGGGCCAAGUCCGUGCUCGAUCAGCGCUCGUUGGGGACCAUUAAGAAGCACAAGCGCGCCAAGGCGUACGACGACGCAUCCUCGCAGGCAGAUAUGGCAAUGAAAAUACUGCGUAUGCGCCCUGGGACGGGCGAUUUUUUGGCGCAGCAGCUUGUGUCGAUGAAGACGUUAAAGCUGGGGAAGGAUACGGCGCGCUCAGCCAUCCCGAGCUUGCGGCGCUCUUCCCAGCGCCUCUCGAUGCUCGCUGCGAGCAGAAAAAGGGACAAGGCUGCCUGA